GGCCCGCUGGUUUUGCCAUUUCUUAUAUAUUUGUUUCGAUUUUAAAUAAUAACACAAACAACCAGAAUGCUAAUGAUAUGCUUCACCUUUCCGUCUGUGAGCGUGGCUCUGUUUCGAUUGGUUAAUUGAGAAAGCACAAGUCCGUGAGGCGGUGCGGUGGGGGCGUGGAAUGGAUGAGAAGAAAGCAGCGGUGGAGGACGACGCGGCGGCCGCGAUGAUCUUUGGAGGAGGCGACAUGAAGCGGAUCCCGUCGGAAUUGGCACUCGAAGAGCUGUUCAGUAAGAAGGAUCACGGUGAUCAGGAUGAGGAGGAGGAUCGCGAUGAGGAGAUAGUUGGAGAAAUUCGCGCUCAGAUCAGUCAGGGAUCGGAAGCUAAGAGUAGGAGCUCUAGGAGUAAGGUCUUAUUUGCCCAUGGCCACUCUUUUGAUCCGCUUCUCAGCAACUUGUUACAAGCUCAACUUCCUUUCCCUUCCACAGAUCGGGUCAUGAACGAUUUUUCAAGUUAUGGUGGACUAACAGACACCAAUCUGUGGUGUGAAAGUGUCACUUCGAAGCAGUCUGGUACCUCAGUACCUAUUGGUUCCCAGUCAUCAAUGUGUGUUAGAAGUCCAAAUUCAAGUACUAAACCGAAAACCACAGAUAAUCAAGCAACAGGAGCUACCAGUAAUUCCUCACACGAGCAAUCAGACGAUGAUGAUAUGGAUACAGAAGCUGGUAUUUACAAAAAGGGCACCGAUACUAUUGAUAUGAAACGCAUCAAAAGAAUGGUUUCAAACAGGGAGUCUGCUAGGCGCUCGAGGAGGAGAAAACAAGCACAGCUGGCUGAGCUUGAGCUUCAGGUUGAGCAACUGCGUGGAGAGAACGCAUCUUUGUUAAAGCAACUUACUGGCACUACUCAACAAUUUAAAGAUGCUGCCACCAACAAUAGAGUGCUUAAAUCAGAUGUUGAAGCUUUGAGAGCCAAGGUUAAGCUAGCUGAAGAUAUGGUUACUAGAGGAUCAUUGACUUCCAGUUUGAGUAAUCUUCUACAGAACCAUUUGAGCACGCCUCAGUCGACUAGCAGUCACAAGCCAACAAUGGCUGUCCAUGGUGAGGAUGCCUUAUAUACCGGAAUGACGAAACCGAUUGAACUUGAAAGUCCCGGUGCCUUCAAUGACAAUGUCAAGAACGGCAUUCUCAGUGACGGAGCCAACUGCUCGGCCGAGAAUUGGACAUGGGUAAAUCGUGUACCUACCGUUUCCAAGUAGGGCUAUUGUUAAUUGUUGUUCUGUAACCUCCCCCCAGUAAAACCUCCUUUAUCACUGGCUUGUUUUGUAUCCUGGAAUGCAGUAGAGUAAUCAGUGUAUAGCAAUAAGUUUUAUGGAAGAUUCUAAUUUCUAACGGGGAAGAGCCCGUGUCUCCAUCA